AUGGCCGUUCCUCGUCGUCCGAAUGUUCAAUCUAUGAGAAAAUUGUUAGAUGCUAAAACGGAAAACGAGAAAGAAGUCGAGAGUAAAGAUUCAUCAGUUCCAAGUUUGGCUGAAAUUUGCUUGAGUUCAAUAUCUACAACUCUCUUUCGGAAUAAAAUUCGAUGGAGAAAACUAACCGAUUUGGCUUUCGAAUACAGAUAUGUGUCAGAAGACAGAAAUAUUCCUAAACCAAUUCAAAAUAUUCUUUGUGAAUCGAUGGACGAUGUUCUGGCAGAAGCUAAAAGAUGGAAUGCGAAACAUUUGGAAAUGUUCGUAGAACCGGCAAAAAGCAGACGACGUGUACUUCCAAAGAGCGAACUUCUCCGAACUUUCUAUCCAGAACUCGUCUGGAAACGUCACAGUUGUGAGAUAGACGAUGUGGCCACAUGCUUACAUUUGAUUAAAACUGAAUGCAAGAAUUGGCCAUUGAUGCAGUUUCAGUUUGCUUGUCUUUAUGCCAGAACGGAGUUAAUUUAUGAUGACUGGAAGUUUGAUAACUACAGAUUGUCUUGUUUCAGAAAACAAGUAGGUGACCAUCCAGUGUAUGAUUUCUGGCUGACUAUGAUGGCCACAAUCAACAAAGACCGACACUUCUUCGGAAGUUCAAUUCGACUUCCAAAUCAAAAAGUUGCGCAAUGUUUUCUUUUUGCAAUUCGAAAUGGAUACUUACAACUGGUGGAAUAUAUUUGGGGUCAGUUAACAGACAGUCAUCGAGAAGCAAUUGGAAUGAUUGAAUGGAGAAAUAUGUGUUAUCGAACAAGAGAUGGAGAAGCAAUCAGUUUCUUGUGUAAACAUUUGUGUAGAAUGAAUCCUGUUGGAACUUGUAGAAAUGCUUGGCAACCGUUUUUCGACGCAUUUCAGCAUUUGGUUCAUGACGAGAAAAGUGAUCAUUUGGAGAGAAAUCAGUACAGACGAAAGUUUGAAUUUCUGCUCAAACAUUGUUGUCCAAUCUUGCGAACUCGAUUAGUCAAAUUUCACCAUUUCAGAUUGAUCUGUGAUGCUUUUCGUUACAACGAGCAUGAGAUAUUCUCUCUUUUACUCCAGAAUAUGAGUCCAGAUGACAUUGCAUCCGCCCGAGAACAUAUCGAUCGUAUUUUUGAUCGAAACAAAACGAAAACUGGAGAUCGUCUUCGAAGAACACUUAUGAGAAGACAACAAACAAUUCAAUAA